AUUCUGAGGAGUGUGCUCACUUGCCAUUUUUUUUGCAACCGUGAGAUUAGCUCCAUAACUUCAGCAUUUUUUAUGUCUUAAACUCUUGUUCCUUUACAAGUUACAUUGUCCAUUUUUUAUUCCACAUGUGCUUUGCUUGGUUUUCAAUUUAGCUCCAUUUUUUUCACAUUUGAUAACUGCUGUUAAUUAACUAGUGUGAUGUAGGUUGAAAAUAUGAAUUUAAAACACUGUUGACAGAUUAUUCUUUUUUCCGGGCCAGACGUUUUGAAUGAAUAUGUCCAGAUUUUUGUAAAUGACCCGAUGUAUUGAAUUUAACAUGUCACAAUAAACAGUUGUAUGUGAAUCAGUAUUGCAAGCUAGUGGAUUUUCCUUUCAUUACCUUUCAACAGCAUGUGUUUAAAGAAUAGCAAGAUUUGGUUAUGGAGGAGCAGGUAUUUUUUGCAUGCACCCCCUACCUUAAGUAUUUAAAACAAAUUAUUUCACAUCUUCUCUGAUUUGAAAUUGGACCAGUUUGCCUCAUCAGUAUUUCUUUGUCCUUGGGGCUCCAUCCACCUCUUCACUUUUGUUUGGUGGUCUCAGUUCAGUCCUACAGAAUUCUGGCUUUCUUGGCAGGUAUUUCAUUAUGAUUAUGCAGUUCAUUGAGAUAUGUGACUUGUGUCGGCCUACUGUUUUUUGUUCAGUAAGACUUAUUUUGUACUCUGUAGCAGUUGUACCAAGCAAGGUAUGUAUCUUGUGAUCCAGGUUUCUUGUCAGCUGAUAGAAUUUCUUUUCAGACCUAUGGGCCAAUGAGAGACACUGUGUUGUAGCAGGUGCCAACCUGACAUUUUGUGUAGUCAAGUUUUGCUUGUGUUUCCUAUGUAAAUUAACACAAUUCAAAACUUAUUUUGUAUCAGGUGAAGCAAUUUCUUGUACCAUAUAUCUGUAUGUUUCCACAUGGUAAAGACUUUAAUUGACUUACAAAUCAUACAAUGCAGCACACAAGUGGGCAUAUAUUUUGUCUUGCCUGUUUGUCACAAUUUGAGUUUAUGUGAAUGUGGUAAGUUGAAAUUUUUAAUUCUUAUGACAUUUGAUGUAACAGAAACCAGGCUUGAGAGAAUCAUUCUUUGGGUUCACUUCUUAAAAACAGUCAUGGUAGAAAUGCAGAGUUAAAAUGUCCAACCAGACUGUUACCUAGCCAGAAUACAAUGGCUAUCAUUUAGUUUAGUUUGGGCUAGUUGGAUAUCAAGCAUGUGAACAAGGAACUCCAUUAAUGGCCAAUUAGGUACUGCAUGAGUGCAUCUUUAGCCUGAAACUGAUUUGAGUGGAGAAUAUUGUUUUAUUUGUGGACAGUGGGCCCUGUUAUAACAUUGGGGCUCUGGUACUGACAAGUCUAUUGGAAAAGUUUCUUGAAAUUGCUGUCCAGGUUGAACAUUUUUGGAGAAAUGCAAGAAGUUGCUAAUCUGUCUCACUAGUGUGAAGCCCGGUGAGGUAAACUGGAUAAAUAUGACCUUCCAUUCAGGUUUCUGGAUGAUAUUCAUUAGCUUUGACCCAUAAAUGUAGUCCUGGCUUUCAUGAACAAAUAUUUGACAGGUGACCGACCACUUGAACUUUGGAGUUGAUCUGAAAUAAUUUAUUAUCUUUGGUUCUGUUUUAAUGUCUAAACCACAUGUAGAAUUUAUUUUGAGAAAUUUUUCUCAUACUUUGGACUGGCUCAGUGGCCCACCCAGCCUUUUAUGCAGUAGAUAUCGAUAGAUUAUUGCAAUUGGUUAUUGUAGCUCAGUGGUAUUCAACCUUUUUUGGUCGUGUACCCCGAGAUAUACUUUCUCUUCAACUUUGUACCCUCAAAGCUGUUGGUGUAUAAUUUAAGUGAUAUAUAGUUUAUAAUUACAUCUAAAAUAAAUUACAUUACUGAUUAUUCAGUGUUUAUAAUAAAAUAUAUAUGUAUUUUUAAAUUUCACGUACCCCAUAAGAUGUCUUUGCGUACCCCAGGUUGAAUACCACUGGUGUAGCUGAUUUUGAUUCCUGUUUGAUGCUGAGGCUGAUGCAUGAAUACUGUAUGUCUUCUCCCUUUGUAUUCACAGCAUGGUGCGUAAGUAAAGGGACUUUAUAACCUUUAUCCCUGUAAUUCUGUUCAUUCCAUAUGAAGUCCAGUGGAGGAUCUUCAUUGCCGUCAUUGUUCACUGCCAUAUGAGCUUGACGAUGAACAUAAUACCAUCACUGUCAGACAAAAAGACUAUUUUGAAUUUUUUUACAAACAGUUUUGGUAAUGUUCAUGUCAGAAAAGGUGGACUCCCAAGACUUGAUGUAAUGGUUUGAUUUGCUAACCUGAGUUUGUGCAUGUAUAGACUGAAUAUAUAUUGACUGUAUGGAACAUUGGCAUAGUCGUACAUCUAUUCAUAUAAUUCUAUUUACCUGCACACAAUUGCAGCACAAACCUAAUGAACAGUUAUCAACUAUUUGGUUAUUGUAAAUAUGACUGACAUAGUAAAUUUAAUAUUUAUCAAACUGAUCAGUUGAUAACAUCAGUAGUAUAUAAAGUAUAAUUUUGGUUUAUUCUCUAUGUGAGGUUGAAACAAGAUGUGUAUAUGCAGUUUGACUGACUGAUACGGGACACAAAUAUCAAGAAGAAAAUUGUAUGGUAAAAUGCAGUGUUGAAUGAAACUCAAAAGUUGUGAGCUUUCUCAUACCAUUACGUGCUGGUUUCAUAUUAGUAUUAAAUAAAAGAUGUGAAAGUUGCCAUCAUUAGUAGAUUUCUAUAUAGGGUUAGCAAGGCUUAGAAAUCUAAUGCAAAACAUAGUAAUUUACUUAACAUCUUUAUAUGACCAGGAACAUUAAAUUUCAGUGGUCACAACAUUUAAAUGUGGUGACUCUAAUGCACCAUAUGCCAUCAGUAAUCUUUCCAUACACUGUUUAGCAACUUGGGCGUUUCAUUUUUUAUGGUUUCAGUAAUCUUGAUCACAUUGAUUUACGUUGCUAAAGGUGGUUGAGACACUUGGGUCUGGUUGUCAAGGAAGCCAUGCAGUUCAUGUGCCUUUACCAGCCCACUGACCUGGGAACUGACUAAAAGAACUCUGGCACACUGCAUGAAAAUUUGGGCACUCAAGAGAAGCACAUCCUUGCUCUCUACACUGUUUCUUCACUUGCACCUGGCUCUUUUUCUUUUUUGUCUCAACAAUAUGACUAUGCAAGACACAAAUUGACAACUAGCUAGAUGGUUCUUUGGUGUAAUGUGUAUGAAAUGUCCUUACCAUGGAAUAUUUGGUUUUGUAAACAAAAAACACUACACUUGCCAAGUGUUGGUAAAGUCAUUUUUUUGCUUUGUGCUUUGGGUGGCAGCAUGUGAUGUACCACAAUUGACAAAGGCCAAACUUUAAUUUGAUACCCAUAAAUGAAUAUACCUUUUACCAAUUUUAAGUGAUACAAAUACUGUUACAGGCAUUGUAAAUUGUAAAGCUAUUUUGUGCUGAUUCUCUACAUUGUUUCUUUUAUGGAAACAACAUUCACCCAGGUGUACAAUGUUUCACAGGCAUGAAUGGUUAGGACUAGAUGUUCAAAGUAAUAGUUUAUUUAUUUUGAGAUGUAAUGUUGGCAGGUGUGUUAUAGGGACUGAUAGGCCCUUGACUAUGAUCUGAGGAUGGUAAUUAACCAAGUGGUUGCUGUCAAGUUCAGGUAGCUGUUGGAGUGACUGGAAGCAGGGGCUGCUUGAGGGUGGUGUCCGAAGAACUAUCACAUGUUGUGUAUAGUCUUUUAUUAUUGGCCUGUUUGAAAUAUGAUGAUACAGGUUGACUGGACAUGUUGAGACUUAAAAUAUUUAGAAGUUUAAGUUCAGAUUCUGUAGCUGAGUGACAAAACUGUAUGGAAUUCAUGUGUCCCUGUCCUACAAAAUUGUAGGAGUUUAUGAAGUCUUCAUAUGAUGAAGUUAUGCGUGGCAUAAACAGAUAAAACACUAAUUUUGUGUGCCUUAGGGAGCUUUUGUUUCAGAUUAUUUUUUACAUUCUGUAAAUAAACUGAUUGCGCGUCAAGCUGUGCUGUCUCACAUCUACGAGCCUGUUGGGAAUGUAUUUAUUUGUUGCUGGCUGAUCAGGUUAUUUAUGUUCACUGUAUUGUUGAUAGUAGACUCUUUGGAGGUCUGAAGCCUGUCUUCAGAGAUAUGUGCCUUAAAUAUGAGUGUAACUGCAAUUAAAUUUGUGGUCUGGCAUUCACAGUUUAUGGUCAGUAAUUGUGGAUGUGACAGUUGCAACAGAAACUCCGAUUGAUAUUUAGUUUUGGUAUGAUUCAUGUCACAGUCGAAUAAUUUGUUUAAUUUCAUGUUAAAAUCACCUUCAGUUCAGUUUCCAUAUUAAAGUUUUUUUAUGUGAUCAUUAUUGGAAUGGUAAGAAUUGAAAACUGUACUGUCAGCAUUGUGUUACUUUGACAUAGUUGAAAAUGUGGUUUAUGUAACGUGUAUUUGUAUGUCAUUUUCACUGUUAUUCUUAGGAAUAUUAUCCUUGUGUAUUACAGUAUGUUACCUGUAGCAAAUAUUUGGGAAUGGGUUUGUUUGGUAUCUGUUCAACAGUGAUCUUGGCAUGCCUAUUGACUACACUGCCGUCUGGGUGCCUCAUUUUUUUGUUUGUCAUCAGUCUUUCGACAGGUUUGAUGUGGUCCUACAUUUUCGCCUAUCUUGCACCAAUGAAAGCAGGCUGCAAAACAGAUUCAUAGUCACAUGGCAGUUUUGUGUCUUUUGGCAUGAACUUUCUAAUCGAAGUGUUCCUUUUAUGAUAAAUAUUUUAAUUUCAAGCGUAAAAAACAAAAUUUCAGUAAUUCAGAUGGGAUGUUAUGGCACUUCAGAUUUGCAUUUGUCAUUGUUGAUAUAUUUCAUGUUGACAGAUGCAAACCAUUGCAGUAAUAUCGCGCUACUGUACUUUGUUUUGUUCUUAUCAUUUGUGAGGGGUGGGGAUACGCCGUUGGUAUGUGUUGCGGGUUGCAGCUCCACCCCCUGUUUCCCACCCCAUCCCGCCAUGCCAGACGUCACAAUGGGCUCGCCCAUGCUGAGCCUGCUCUGACCCGGCCGCUCCCAUUCCGACUAGAAUAGUCGGUUAAGUCGGACGUUCUUAUGAGUGCAGUGUGUCCAUCUAGCGAUGUCGGGCAGGUAAUAAUCAGGACGGGGCGGGGCGCCAAGACGUUAUGGACGCGUUGCUAAUUCGUCGCGUGUCCUGACGUCAACACGCAUGGAUUUAUUUGGCGUGUGUGUGUGUAUAGUUCAAGUGCGUGGAUACUUCUUUUUAUUCUUCACGUGUGCCAGGUUGCUGCUAGGGAAUAGGAAACAUGGCUGCCAUCAUAAUAUCGUUUCCUCGAAGGUGAACUGAGGUGUCUGUGGUCUUCACUUCGCCUCCCGGACACGGAAAGGACACAGGCGAUAUGGACACAGUAUGGCCCCAGCAUACUGGCACAACUCAGGGAGAAGUCUUGUUCUGCCGAUAUUCUGCUUGUUCGUCAUCUUACUUCAAGUUACCUCUGUGCGCGUCGCGACAAUCAGCGCAUCAUUAGACUCCACGCCUGGGGCUGCAACUGGGGGCUUGGUCCCUGUGUUGGGCUCGUUUCCCACCAAAGCUCCAAAGUGUGACCGUACAUUUGUGAGUCGUCCGGGCGGUCCGCAAAACGGAACGUUUACUGCGCCUUCGUUCAUAAAUCCUGCUGGCCACUCCCGUCAGUGCAUCUAUACGUUUGUGGCAGGGCAGAGACAACGUGUUGAACUGGUUUUCACAUCUUUCAACCUGCGAGGCACCCCUCCAGAUGGAACAACUGCGGGAGUAUUGCCUGCGUGUAUCCACGAAUAUAUGGAUGUGUACUCAGAGGUGCAGCAACCAGACGCAUCAGAACUUGUCAACUCGCCAUUUGGGGGACGCUACUGUGGCCCAAUCCCACCCCGGCGCCGAAUCUCCCUCUAUCGGGCCCUGGCACUUGGUUUUUACACUGAUAAGAACACCAGCUAUCCUGAACUUUUCAGUGGGAUAUAUGUUUUCAUUAAUGACUCCACCUAUGAAAUUGGUACCCCAGUGCCAAAUACACCCUGCAGUUUCACAGUCCAUGCAGCCAGCAAGAAACAGGGUAUGAUUGUUUCACCGACAUACCCAGGAGCUUAUCCGAAGGAUCUGAGCUGUACUUACCAGUUUCUGGGUCUCGCAGGGCAGAGAAUUCGAAUAGAAUUCCGAGACUUUGACCUUUUCUUUGGAGGACCUCACUGUCCUUUUGACUAUGUGAAAGUUUAUGAUGGAGCAGAUAAUGAAUCAGCAGUGAUAGGAACUUACUGUGGCCAGCAACGCAAUUUGGUACUGUACUCAUCAGAAUCUUCAUUACUUGUGACCUUCGUCACACUUCAAAGAACUGCUAACACACAAAAUCGUGGUUUUAAAGGAAUAUUUGAAUUCAGUGAAAGUUUUGUAAAAUUAGAUUUUAUUGUGAAAAAUGAUGGAGAACAUAUCCGUGGUUCUGAGUGUGAUCAGAAGAUCCUAAGUAAAAAAGAGUCAAGUGGAACAGUAUACAGCCCUAACUGGCCAUUUCCAUACAUACCAAAGAUUGUAUGCCGCUAUUUUGUAUAUGGCAUGCAGGACUCACAGCAUCUAGAACGUGUACGUCUUGUAUUUGGAUUAUUGGAUAUUUCUAAAGGAAAUCCGAAAGAAGGAACAGACUGUCCAGAUGGUUACUUGAAAAUCUACCUGAAAGGUCAGGAGACAACCGACUCCUACGAUAAGUUUGACCAUGAGAUGUGUGGAGAGAAGAAACAACCUUUUGUUGUUGUGUCAGAUGGACCUCGUCUUGUCAUGGUUUUCAGCAGUGGUGAGCUUCAGGGACGAGGUUUCAAGGCAAAUUACACCUUUGAAACAGAGUAUCGUAUUCCUGGCACUGCUGCACCUGAUGGCACCUGCAAUUUCACUUACCGGAGUGGAAGUAGAAAGAAAGGGGAAUUUAAUUCACCGCGUUAUCCCUCCAACUACCCCAGUGAAACAAACUGCACAUACCUCUUUGUGCCAACACCCAAUGAGCAGGUCACACUUGUGUUUGACCAUUUUAAAGUACGAGCAGAUAACGUUAAUAGCACAGUUGGCUCAUAUGGGGUUUCAAUAUGUCAAGAAGAUUGGCUUGAAAUGUACAAUACAUACAAGGAUGGUACAGAAAAGCUGGUUGGUCGGUAUUGUGGGAUGACAGCACCAGGUCCUAUCGAAUCAAAUCGAGGUGCAUCUGGUGUGAAAAUCAUUUUACAUUCAGAUCAGGAGGGUGUGUUUAGUGGCUUUAAGGCCCAUUACACAUUUGAGAGCGUGAAGUCCAUAUUUGGAGACUGUGGAAGCAAUGUUAGUGGUGCAGAGUCUGGUGUUAUAUCCAGCCCCAAUUUCCCCCAGAAUUAUGAUGGCCCCGAACGGGGACUUGCCAGCAAAACUUGCAAUUGGUAUAUCAUUGUCCGGCCCAAACAUAAAAUUCUGCUCAACUUUGAAUUCUUUGCUGUUGAGGGUGAACCAUCAGCGCGCGGCUGUCCAGCAGCAGUUCUUCGUCUCUGGUAUACAGUUGAUGGGCCACCUUUAGAAUUAUGUGGAGAGAAGCAGCAGACUGACAAAUGGCAGUUCCUGUCCGAAGGCAAUUCAAUGCGAAUCAGUUUCAUCUCUGCUGAGAAAUCAGUUGGAGCACAGGGUUUUCGUGCAGUUUGGACAGAAGUAAGUGAGGGGCCCUAUUGUGAACAAUUCACGUGUGCCAAAAGCAGCUUCUGCAUCUCCAUGAAGCUUAUAUGUAACAGGCUAGAUAACUGUGGUGCUGAUGACCAAUCUGAUGAAAUGAACUGUAGUGUGGAGGUUCCUGUUGACCCAUUCAAACUUGUGGGCGUUGCAUUAUGUGUUGGUGGUGUGCUAGUCCUGGGUUUAUGUUUGUGGUGCCAUCGUAAGCAUCGACACAGGCGGCGACAGAUAGCCCGACUCCGGCGCAACACAGUGGGCUCUAGCCGACGUCAGCUAAGUACCAGUGGUUCCAGCAGAAGGCAGCAUGUGUGUGAUGAGCUGGGUGAACGCUUUGCAAGCGUUGACAGUGUCUGAUAGUAGGAAGAGGCAUGAAAAUAGUUUGAAGUAACAUAUAACACAUGAAUUUUGGUUCUUUGCACCAAACUAUACAAAAUAAAUAAGACUCAUUUCUUAAGUAUUAAAAAAACUUUUAUCAAAAGACAAAGGAUAUAUACUUUGAAGAUAGACUAUUCUUGUUAGCAUGUAACACACUAUACCAAAGUGCAACGAGUGAUACCAUCUGUGAACAAAUCAGUAUUACGUGAGCCAUAAUGUGGAACUCAUGAGCAGUAAUGUAAAAUGUGCAAAUAAAAUUUAUGAAAUACUAAGCUCACAUGAAUGAAAUGAACUUGGCAUGAAAUUCAAGUCUUAAGAAAAACUGUUGGAAUUGUAGAGAUCUGGAGGGGGCAAAGUUUUGAAACAGUUCCCACAAAAAUCAUGUUAAGGUACUAGAAUUUGCUAGUACUUAAUUAACAAAGCUCACAUUUCUUGAAGGUUGUAUAUGUAAAUUGACUAUCAAGCAUUGGAAAGUACAUUUAAGUAUUUUUCUCUUGAUUCUUGCAAUGGCUGACAUUCAUAUAUAAGAAACUGACUUUAAUGUAAGGAGUAAAAUAUGUUCCUGUAAAGCUUUUAUGAAGCUGGUUGGUUACUAGCCUAACACAGAGGCCUUUACACCUCACUUGAUGUUUGUUACUUUUGAAUUUAAAAUAAAUAAAUAAAAAUAAUUGUUUCGAUUAAUACAACACAUUUUAUUUGGCUUUUUCCAAUGCUUGGGUCAUUUAAUAUAUUAACACUUCAGUAAACAUUUUGAAUGCUAGUUUUAAUGAGUGGUGUGUUUUAAUGAGGGUAUGCAAGUGUGUGAGCAUGUUGUGAGUGGAUCAACAUGUUUGUUUUAAGAAUUAGCCAGUUGUAAAUAGCCUGGAAAGGAGCACUGUUUAAAAAAGAAGUUAUUUUACGAUAUGACUCAAGUCUGUUGACCUACAUGAAUUAGUGUGAUGAAUUUCAACACUAUUGAACUAAAAAUAUAAUGCUAAUACUAAUACUACCACCACUAAUAAUAAUACUAAUAAUACUAAUAAUAUUAAUAAUAAUAUUGAUUAAUAAUAAAAGAGAAUGUAUAUGAACUUUAGAAGCUAAUUGUUUUGACUCCAACCAAUUUUCUUUUGCAUUAUAUGAUACAAAGUGCAAAUUAUCACUCUACAUGAAAAGACAGCAAGGGAAUGCAUGCUUUCAGUUUUUUCUCUCUCUUUCUGAGUGAGUGCGUUAGGCGGGUGCAUCUUAUUUCAUUAGUGGUGCUAAGCCCUGUGGACUUUCCCAUGCUGCGAUGUGGUGAUGAGAGAAUUAAGUCUUAGGAUGGGCAGGAAUUUUCACUAAUUUCAGAUGAACCUAGAAAUGUAAACGUUUAUGACGUGCACGAGAGGCAGUGUUUGAUUUGUUGUGUACAUUCAACUGCAUAUGUCUGCACAGAUAUGUAAUGUUUGGCUGAGUAUUUAAGAAUGUUAUUGUAUCCCAGAAGUAUGUAUGAGAUUUAUGCAUGUAAGUCAUCUCAGUAGUAACUGUUUAAAGGUUUUGGUAAAGCAUUGAUCUCGUGCAGGUUUGUUAGUUAUGUUGUUAACUUUUGAUACAGCUAUCAAAUUUGAGCGAUCUUGUAGCAGAAAACAGGAUGUGUACUGUGGGUCAGUACUUGUGGGAAUUGCAGAGUAUCACAUGACCCUCAAAGAAAUUAUCAUCAUCCAAGAAUGGUUUUUUAAAUUGGUCACC